AUGGGCAAUAAUCCUUCCAAGGGCCCUGUCGGAGACGGCCCGAGUCCGGUGGUUUCGGGCAAUACAGGCCUGACGGCUUCGACGAGUGAUAAGAGAGCGGCUCGCGGGCCAUCUGCUCACGGCCCCUCCAAUGCCGCCAAGGCGCCUGUGGCCGACGUCGCUAGUUCCAGAGAAACUGCAACAGGUCAAUCGUCGUCCCAACAUCAAACUUCUGUUCAACAACGCCUACAGACCCGCAAUGUCAAGGGCUCACCUACACGGACUGUAGAUCGGCCGGGGUUUUCGAAGACAGAUUCACCUCGCUCGAAGGCGAUAUCUGCGCCCGAUCCGUCCGAUCCUGUCCAGGUCCCGAGUUCCCGCACUGCUGCAGCUCGACGCGAUCCGUACGAAUCUGUCGCUCUAUCGGCCCCGCCUCCCAAGAUGUACUAUAGUGCAUCACAUCAUCUCCAGCGUCCACCGCGGAUGCCUCUGCCGAUUGGAGAUGCUACAGCUAUACCAGGCUCGCCCAUAAGCGGCCCGGAUGACACCAGUCCGCUCGCGACUGAAGAAAGACUGGGUGAUAAAACGACAGCUGCCAAACCCGACCUCGCAACGAUAGAAGACGACGAUACUGUAGAUGAGCUUCAGCCGUACGCUACUAGCGGCGUGGGUAGAGCCGUGCCUACAACCAUCGAAUGGACAGCUGGUGGUAACAAGGUCUAUGUAACGGGUACUUUCGUCAACUGGGAAAAAAAGUUCCGGCUACACAGAAGUGAGAAUAAUCCCGAUGUCCUGUCCACGAAACUAAACCUCCGGCCCGGAACACAUCACUUGAAGUUUAUUGUUGAUGGUGAGAUGCGCGCUUCGGACAAUCUACCAACCGCGGUUGACUUUACGAACCAUCUCGUCAAUUAUAUCGAACUUAGUGCCGACGAUGUAAAUCGUUCAAGGAGAGAGAGUGACAAAUCCGCACCCUCAGGGGUCCACCCUCCGCAGGUACUUCCCGAAGAAGUUGCGGAUGGGAAGGUCGAAACUGCUGUUGAUGACGAGAAGCCAGAAAAAGAAGAGGAGCCGGAGGAAAUUCCUAUCGGUGACUUCCGUGGAGUCGUCCCUCAGUUUCUGCUCGACCUUGAUAAAGACGAGGAGAGCCCGUGCUAUCAGCAAGCAGUCAAUAUCAUCGGUGACGCGCCAACACCACCGAGCCUUCCGCUUUUCCUUGGAAAGUCUAUCCUCAACGGCACUACGCCGAUGAAGGAUGAUAGCAGUCUUCUCAAUAACCCUAAUCAUACUGUACUAAACCACCUUGCUACAAGCAGCAUAAAGAAUGGUGUCCUAGCUACCAGCGUGACGACCAGGUACAAACGAAAGGUAAGAAUCAUACAACAUCCUGGUCCGAACUAG